AUGACGAUGACGAUGAUGGACUGCAGAGCAAAAAUCCACGCGGGGUCAGCUGAUGGGCCCUUCUGGAUCGAGACUAGCGUGGGCUUCAUUAAGGGCAACUACCCCACAUUCGGCCCCGAAGGGCCCAAACACCACCAGAAAAGGAAGGAAUAG